AUUAAAAAAAACCGGAAGUCCCGCCUUAACGUCCAUGUUUCUUUCUUUUUUAAAGAUAGGUUUAGCUUUGCUGCAUUCUUUCACUUUGAGGUCAUUUAUUUCUGUAAAAUACUUUCACUGAGUACAGAUUGAACACACAAAGCAAGGGAAUGUUUUAUCACAUAUCAUUGGAACAUGAAACGUUACUUCACCCGAGGUAUUUUGGCCCCAACCUUCUUAACACUGUCAAACAGAAGCUGUUUACUGAGGUGGAGGGGACUUGCACCGGAAAAUACGGUUUUGUCAUCGCAGUCACCACCAUCGACAACAUCGGGGCAGGUGUGAUCCAGCCGGGCAGAGGCUUUGUUUUGUAUCCAGUCAAAUACAAGGCAAUUGUGUUCCGGCCAUUUAAAGGGGAAGUGGUUGAUGCGGUCGUGACUCAGGUCAACAAGGUUGGUUUGUUCACAGAAAUUGGACCCAUGUCUUGUUUCAUCUCCCGUCACUCCAUCCCCUCAGAAAUGGAGUUUGAUCCCAACUCUAACCCGCCAUGUUAUAAGACAGUGGAUGAGGAUAUCGUAAUCCAGCAAGAUGAUGAGAUCAGGCUUAAGAUUGUGGGAACGAGAGUGGACAAGAAUGAUAUUUUUGCUAUUGGCUCUCUCAUGGAUGACUAUUUAGGCCUCGUGAGCUGAUCAGCCAUGAAGUAUACAAAUGAUAGUUUGGUUUUUUUGAUCAAAAACCCCUCUAUUUUUUUAAAUUACAGUUUGUAAACUCUUAAAGUGUGUUUCAUCUAACAAAACUGACUUUUUAGGGGGUUUUGUGUAAGGAACUAUCUUCCUUUUACACCUUACUUUAUUAUAGUUUUCAUCUACAUGUGAACUUGGUAUUCUUCAAUUUUUUUUGUAUGUCACGAUCAUAAUAAAAUGUUUUUUGUUUUUUUAAA